AUGGCAGGAAACAUGGCAGGAAACAUGAAGCAGCAGCAGCAGCUCCCCGAAAACAGUCAACUCUCUCCGGACAUCGAGGAUGAGCUCUCUAAAAAUAUUCUCCAACGCCAGCUUGAUGGGUUGCCCUCCCUCUCGCAGAAUAGUUCCACCGUAUUCGCAUACGCCCAGCCAUUGGAUGUGGUUCUGAUCACUAUCAGCACGAUCUCGGCCACCCUCGCAGGCGCUUUGAAUCCCCUUCUUACUGUAAUCUACGGUCUUUUGGUGGGCUCGUUCCAAAGCCAUGCACACGGAACGGAGGACAGCUCGCAGUUGUCUUCCGAUGUCUCCAAAUUUGCCCUCUACUAUGUAUAUCUCGGCAUUGCAGAGUUCGUCCUCAUAUACAUUGCAACAGUUGGGUUUUACUACUCGGGGGAGCGAAUUACGCGAAACCUGCGCCUGGCAUACCUCAAGGCGAUUAUCCGGCAAAAUAUUGCAUUUUUUGAUACCCUUGGUCCCGGGGAGGUUACGACGAGAAUAACUGGAGAUAUGAAUGUCCUUCAGGAGGGAAUCUCAAGCAAAAUCUCACUAUUUCUCACCGCGCUAGCAACCUUUUUGUCGGCCAUCGUCAUCUCCUUUAUCGAAUACUGGAAACUCGCCUUGAUACUACUAUCAAGUUCCGUCCUGCUAGGAGUAGCGGAGUUUCUAGGUGCAUCGUUCGCGCUAAAGUACAGCAGAAAGAACUCUGCGUCUCUAGGCAAGGGUGCGUCGGUUGCAGAAGAAGCAAUUGGUACCAUUCGGCACGUUUCUGCCUUUGGGAUCCAGGAUGCCAUGGCCGAGCGCUACCAAAAGUACCUCGACUCUGCAGAGACAUGGGGGGUCAAGACGCGGCUGUCGAUAUCAGUCAUGAUUGGGAGCAUGAACGCAAUACCCUAUAUUAGCUAUUCCCUAGCGUUCUGGCAAGGCUCUCGCUAUAUCGUCAGCGGCGAGACGACCGCGGCCGCAGUCACUACCACUAUUUUAGCGACAAUCAUUGGUGCCUUUGCUGUCGGAAGAGUUGCCCCUAGUGGUGAAUCAUUCAUCAACAGUCUUACUCACGCAGGAACGAUUCUCAAAGCAAUCUCUCGCCAGUCGCCAUUAGACCCCUUUUCUACUGAAGGGCAGCGGCCACUUCAGGUGCAAGGCGAUAUUGAACUGCACAAUGUCAACUUAGUAUACCCAUCCCGACAGAAUGUCGAGGUUCUGAAGCAGGUAAGCCUGCGGUUCCCUGCGAACAAGACCACAGCCCUCGUCGGGGCAUCGGGAUGCGGAAAAAGCAGCAUCAUUGGGCUAAUAGAACGGUUUUACGAACCUACUGGAGGGAGUAUCACGUUGGAUGGAUGUGGGGUAGCCGACCUGAAUCUGAAUUGGCUAAGGCAGCAAAUGUCGUAUGUGGUUCAAGAGCCCAUCUUGUUCAACCGUAGUAUUUUCGAGAAUAUCCUCCUUGGCUUGAAUGACCCCGGAUUACCGCGAUCAGAGCAUGAAAAACAGGAGCUCGUGUACACUGCCGCCAAAGUUGCAAACGCUCACGACUUCAUCACGGCUCUCCCACAGGGUUACCAAACCGAGGUCGGCCCCAAAGGAUUGCAGCUUUCAGGUGGCCAGAGGCAGCGUAUUUGCAUUGCCCGAGCAAUUAUUACCAACCCCAAGAUUCUCCUGCUAGAUGAGGCCACAUCUGCCCUAGAUGUUAAAUCAGAGAGGGCAGUUCAGCUGGCAUUGGAGUCUGCUGCUCAAGGCCGUACAACAAUAGUGGUUGCACAUCGUUUAUCUACUAUCCGCAAUGCUGAUAAUAUCAUUGUCAUGUCACAAGGCUCCGUUGUUGAGCAAGGUCGACAUGAUGAGUUGAUGAGUCAAGGUGGAAUAUAUUCCGGCUUAGUCGAAGCACAGCAGAUAGGAACAGCGUCCGAGGAUGCCGCAAACGACACGAGUGACGAUAUCGUUUGGAAAGAAGCGCAAACGGAAGCCAUUCUGACCAAAGAACCCAAGCUGGCGGCCGCCGCAGAAACACUGGAUCUUGAACAUAGCCCCAAGAGCUCCAAAAUGGCCGAUACAGGGCAUCAGGACGCCCCAGCAGAGAAUAGGCCAACUUUUUGGACGUACUUUCAGGUUGUAGCAAAGCUCAACAAAGAGGAAGCCCGUGUCAUUCUUGCCGGUCUUUUUCUCUGCAUAAUUGCUGGUGGCGUGGUUCCAACACAAUCCGUUUUCUUUGCAAAGUCAAUCACAGUCGUCUCCCUCCCAGCAUCCCAAUAUGCCAAACUCCGCCACGAAAUUGACUUUUGGUGUCUUAUGUUUCUGAUGAUAUCCAUCGUUUCCUUCAUUGCAUGGUUCGGUCAGGGAGCGUGCUUCUCUUAUUCCACAGAACGUCUCACUUACAAGGCCAGACAUCAAGCUUUCCGAUCUAUCCUCCGUCAGGACCUAAGCUUCUUUGACAAAAAAGAGCACUCAUCAGGGGGUUUGACAUCUUUCCUCUCCACCGCGCCAACCGACCUCACGGGUCUCAGUGGUGCAAUAAUAGGGGCAUGUCUGACGUUCAUAGCCACCCUCACAGCCGCAAUUAUCCUAUCUCUGGCGGUUGGCUGGAAACUCGCUCUUGUCUGCGCUGUAACAAUUCCACUCGUGGCAGGCUCUGGCUAUAUCCGACUGAGAGUGCUCGCCCUCUUUGACAGCCAGAUGAGGGAAAUUCACGAAGAAGGGGCCAUAUACGCGAGUGAGAUCAUAACAGUUAUCCGGUCGGUCGCCUCAUUGACUCUUGAAAGUCAUGUACUGGACGAAUAUAGAAGCAUCUUAGACCGACAAGCGGCAAAAAUACUGCGAUCAACUCUACUAACCUCUACUCUUUACGCUGCAUCUCAGUCUUUCACAUUAUUUAGCACUGCACUCGCAUUCUGGUAUGGCGGAACUCUCUUGGCAAAAAACGAAUAUAAUAUGCUUCAAUUCUUCAUCUGCUUCGUGGCUCUGAUUUCCGGUGCACAAAUUGCAGGGGCAAUAUUCUCCUAUGCUCCAGAUAUGAGUAAGGCUCUUCAUGCUGGUCAGAAUUUGAAGAACCUCUUUGAAUUGAAACCGAUAAUCGACACUUGGGAUACCACAGGCCAAGGCAUUACUGAGAGUGGCGGGCGGAUAGACAUCGUUAAUGCCAGUUUCCGGUACCCUAAUCGGCCAGAACGGCUAGUUCUCGAUAAUUUCAGCGUCAGUAUACGACGCGGUCAGUAUGUGGCAUUGGUAGGAUCGAGCGGCAGUGGAAAAAGCACCGUGAUCCAUUUACUAGAGAGAUUCUUCGACCCCACAGAUGGUAAAAUCUUUAUUGAUGGAGAAGAUAUUUCCAAGCUCAAUAUCAAUGACUAUAGGAACUUGAUAUCAUUGGUUAGCCAGGAGCCUACUCUGUAUGAGGGGUCAAUCAAGGAGAACCUCCUGUUGGGCACCGAAAGAGGAGUGGGAGAGGAGGAAUUGGUGCAGGCAUGCAAGAAAGCGAAUAUCUAUGAUUUCAUCUCUUCCCUUCCUGAUGGCUUUGCAACCCCGGUUGGCACGGGAGGAACUAUGCUCAGCGGGGGCCAAAAGCAAAGACUAGCAAUUGCUCGGGCCCUUCUUCGGAAAACCCGAAUCCUGUUACUUGACGAGGCAACGUCGGCAUUGGACUCAGAGUCUGAGAAGAUCGUUCAAGAGGCCCUGGACCGUGCAGCGAGAGAACGAACAACUAUUGCCGUGGCUCAUCGAUUGAGUACUAUUCAGCACGCCGAUUUAAUUUGUGUUCUGGACCAUGGCCGGCUGGCCGAGAAAGGGACUCAUGCCGAACUCAUGAACAAAAAAGGAUUGUACCAUGAUUUGGUGCGGAUGCAGAGUCUGGGGGCAAUUGGCACAGCAGAGAAAUAA